GCCGUAUGUUUUGAUACGUUUUUGUUUUCGGUGCGUCACUAUUUUACACUUCCUUCACAGAAUUAAAAUAAAAAACUUCAUGCAGCUGUAGAUUAAAGACAACUAUCUGCCGAAAAAAUGUUGGGAAGUGUUGCUACAUGCUUGGGUGUUAGGCUGUUGUGCAACAGCUUGAGACAACGUGGUCCAGCGUAUGUGGUAGCUGGUGAAGUUGCAAACUCCGGUUCGCCUUCACAACCUAAAAUAAGAGUCAAAGUCGCUUGUGGUUUUGGCAUUGCCCAAGUUGUUAUAGCUUUAACAUGCGUAGGUCUUGGGAUUUAUAUCAAGACUACUUUAGGUGAAUAUUUUUGGCAAGCAGAUGCUUGUACACCUGCAUGGCUUGGUGGAUUUGUUCUUUUGACUGGAUUUUUAAAUCUUUUGGCUGCUGCAAAUAAGAAUAACUACAGCCUGAUUUCUGCAGCCAAAGUAUUUGAUAUAUUGUCCGUUAUCGGCUCCGGUAUUGGUGGCUUAUUUUUUACUAUUGGAUACUUCUACUAUGAGAAUUGUGUAGAGAAUCUUUUCGAUAAAGAAUAUGAAUAUCCCACCAAAAGUAACGUAGCUUGUUUGAUUAAAACUGACACAGGAAAAAUAUAUUUUGGAUUGAUGGUUAUUCUUGCAGUGAUUGAAUUCUUCGUGGCGCUUUUUGCAUCAAUUUUUAUUUCUCCUGGAUGUUGCAGGGGUACAAAUAGAGCUGUUAUAUUUGCUCAACCACAACAAGGUCAAGUUAUAACUUCUACUCAUACUUCGAUGAUGGUGCAGCAACCAGGUGGGUGUCCACAAACGCCUUAUCAUCCACAUAUACAGUAUUCUCAUCAAGUAAACAAUGGUACUAGGCCAAUUUACAAUCCGCCUGCACACAGUAGCGUGAACUCAACAAAUUUGGCUUACAUGCACCAACCGACUCAUGACCGUUCUAUGCUUAUCUCUGGUGAUGGGCAUGAAAUGUCACCUCCUCCCUAUAGCAUGCAUCAAUAGAAUUACUGGACUAAGAAAAUGAACGCACAAUUUCAGAAAAAAAGGUCAAAAGGUGUGGAAGGAACGUUGUUAACAGAGCACCAUGUACGUUUGAUAUUUUGUCGCUAACUGUAUGUAUUUUGCAUAUUUCGUGGAAAUUUUUUUAUUAUGCAAUGUUUGUUGUUGGUAUUAAUUAAUUGUAUAUAUCGCACGCAUAUCUUUA